UUUUUUCCAUUUUAUACAGCCUCAAUCAGCUUCGUCCAGAUCAGAUACGAAUUUUUUUCUGGCGAGACUCCAUUAAAGUAAAAUACAAGAUGGGAUCUAAACCUUGCGCCAAUCGUUGCUUCUCUCGUCGACGCUCUUUGUUUUUCGCGAGCGGAGCUCAUCAUCGUUGGUCAGCUCUGUCCCAGAAAGCUCCGGUUUGGAGUCUGCGUAGGCUCAUCAUCGUCUUUUUUGCUCUGCCUCUGAAGAUUUUUUUUAUUUUCGCUGUGAAAUGAUUAAAGCCAAAAGGCGGUUGAGGUUCGUAUAGCGUGGUAACAAAAUAUUGCUCUGUCAGAUGGCUUCAAGAAACAUUCCUCUAUUUGAUGUGCGUAAAUCAGCAAAGAACGGUUUGAGGCUUCCUGUAGUUGUGUUUGUUGCUGUUAGUUUAUUUGCAAUUUGGAUUUUCCUGCCAUCAUCUCCCACGUUUCCGGUUGCGAAUCCGGACUUGCUAUAUCAAGAGAAUGAUACUUUGGGACACAGAGUAACUAAUGGAAGCUUGAGGAAUACUCAGAUUCAAAGCCAGGAUGUUCCCAAUGAUGAUAAAAGAACAGUUGAAAAAAAUGGUUCAGAUGAUGCAGGUGAGCAAACUGAGUUUGAUUCUGCUAAUACAGUGGAGACUGACCUGGAAGAGGACAAAUCAGAAGAGAGCACUCCUGGGAAGACUUCCUCAGAGAAAACAUCUGAUAUAUCUGAAAUGACUUCUGAACUUGACAAUGAAACUGAGGAUAGACAGAAGAAUAACUAUAAUGAGAGCAAUGAGAGUAGAGAGGAACAAAAUACGGGAAUGAGCAGUACUGAAGGAGGUCAAAAGGAUGGAGAGCAAACAAUGGACGACGCAGCAUCUGAUUUGGAUGAAAAGUUCAAUGGAUCAAAAGGAAGUGAUUCUGACAUGGUUGAUAGUGCUGAAAAACUGAAUGCUGAAGAUAGCUUAGAUGACGUUAAGCAGGACAAUAAAGAGGUCAAUCAGAAUACCAAGAGGGUCCAGCAAGAUCAUGACAAGAAUUCUGAAAAAACUGCUGCUAACAAUAUUCUAGAAAUCCAGGAAACGUUUGAGGAAUCUAAUAAUCAGUCAGAAAAUUUGACUCAAACAACUGCUCCAAACGGUAUCCGGUCAACUCAAGUGGUGGAGUCCCAAAAUGAGAAGCUGUCACAGCAAGAUUCAAAGGAACAAAAUUACUACACCUGGAAAGUUUGUAACACCACGGCUGGGCCAGACUACAUCCCUUGCCUCGACAAUGUGUAUGCUGUUAGAAGGCUUCCUAGUAUAAUACAUUUUGAACAUCGAGAGAGGCACUGCCCCGAAAAUGGUCCUAUGUGUCUUGUUCCUCUACCUGCAGGAUACAGGAAGCCAAUUCAAUGGCCUAUAAGCAGGGAUAAGAUAUGGUUCCGCAAUGUUCCACAUUCCGAGCUUGCUGUAGCCAAGGGACAUCAGAAUUGGGUUAAAGUUACCGGUGAAUAUCUUACAUUCCCGGGUGGUGGAACUCAAUUUGUUCAGGGUGCCCUCCACUAUAUUGAUAUGAUUCAAAAUGCAAAUCCUGCUAUUUCGUGGGGGAAGAGAACCCGGGUGAUAUUAGAUGUUGGAUGUGGUGUAGCCAGUUUCGGAGGUUAUUUAUUUGAAAGGGAUGUUCUUGCAAUGUCUUUUGCUCCCAAAGAUGUGCAUGAAGCUCAAGUUCAAUUUGCACUUGAACGUGGUAUCCCAGCCAUACUUGGAGUUAUGGGUUCUAAGAGGCUACCAUUUCCUGGUGGUGUUUUUGAUGUUAUCCACUGUGCCCGCUGUAGAGUGCCUUGGCAUGUUGAAGGUGGCAAACUUCUCUUGGAGCUCAACCGUGUCCUACGACCAGGUGGUUACUUUGUUUGGUCUGCUACUCCAAUUUAUCGAAGGGACCCGGAAGAUGCUGGCAUUUGGAAAGAAAUGUCUAAACUGACUAUGGCUAUGUGCUGGGAUCUUGUCGUGAUUAAAAAGGACAAACUGAAUAAAGUGGCCAUUGCAAUGUACAGGAAACCAACAUCUAAUGAGUGCUACGACAAGAGACCACAAAAUGCGCCUCCGCUCUGCAAUAAAUUUGAUGAUCCCAACUCAGCUUGGAAUGUUACUUUGCAAGCCUGCAUGCACAAAGUGCCUGUAGACAUGUUGGAGCGUGGGUCCAAGUGGCCCGAGAAAUGGCCAGUACGUUUAGAAAAUCCACCAUACUGGCUGAAUGAAGUCGGAGUACAUGGCAAACCGAGCCAGGAAGAUUUUACUGCCGACUACAAGCAUUGGAAAGAUGUUGUCUCCCACACCUAUUUGAAUGGUAUUGGUGUCAGGUGGUCUUCUAUCAGGAAUGUCAUGGAUAUGAAAGCUGUAUAUGGAGGGUUUGCUGCUGUCCUCAAAGACUUGAAAUUGUGGGUGAUGAAUGUAAUCCCGAUUGAAUCUCCUGACACACUUCCUAUAAUCUAUGAGCGUGGUUUAUUUGGCAUGUACCAUGACUGGUGUGAAUCUUUCAACACCUACCCAAGAUCUUAUGAUCUUCUCCACGCAGAUAAUCUCUUCUCCAGUCUCAAAAGGAGGUGCAAUUUGAUGCCGGUUUUUGCAGAAGUUGAUCGGAUUCUGAGGCCAGAAGGAAUACUGAUUGUCAGGGAUGAUGUGGCGACUAUAGCUGAGAUUGAGAGUAUUGCUAAAUCUUUGCAAUGGGAUGUCAUAUUCACGCACUCAAAGGACAAUGAGGGGUUGCUCUCUGUUCAGAAGACAUUUUGGCGUCCUUUAGAUGUGGAAACAAUUACUUCGGCAAUAGCUUGAGCACACUAUCGGUAUCAGUGUUUUCAGAAGUUAGCAGCCAUUUUACCGGCAUAAGCUCACAAGCAGAUAUACUCAACAUCACACAGAGUUCGGAUAAUAUGAGAGCCGAACUAGGCAUUCUUGUGACUCGAGCAUUUAUAAGAGCACCAGUAGCAUGUCAUCAGGCUGUUGCUGCUCCGUUUAAAUGCUCAAGCUCGAGGUUUAGGUGAUUGUGGUAAUUUCUCUGCAAGUUGUGCCCGUACAUAAGAUUUUAGUACCUCCAUUUCACAAGAUGGAGCAAAUUUUGCAUGCGAAAUUCAUCUCGACUCUUGUUGGAGCUGUAUGGGUUGUUAUGAAAUGCCUCCGGCUCUAUCAGUACUUUCAGGAGGGAUUACUGUGAUUGAGUUGUCCUGGUGGGGAAGGUGGCUAGCAUUUUGACUUUGAUAGGGUUUCAGUACAGUUUUCGUUGCUCAUUGUGGAGUUUCAUGGUCUCUUUCUCUCUCUCUGUUUUUUUUAAUUCUCUCUGGGCAUAGCAUUGUCCGAGUGUGCGGCGUUGUGUGGCGUCGUUAAACAGAACGGCACAACUGUAAAUGGGUUCAACCUGUUUCUGCGAUGGAAAUUUGAUGAAUUCUUCAGUGAUCUGCUUAGCCA